CAAAGACCUAGACUGUCAUUGGAAAUCCGAGAAUUGAAACUUCCACAAUUCGUAAUAUAUAUAGCUUUAUAGGAAGCUCCUCAUAAAAAAAUAUAUAAAAAUGUGUGACGAAAGCACGAUCCGGGACUGUGAGCCGACCACCAUGCGGCUGCCCUUCAACAGCUACCACAUCCAUCUGCCCCUCUACAUCAUGGAUAUGGUGCGCGUUUUUCAGGACCAUCCAAAAUACUGCAAUGGCAUCCAAGAGGAGCAUAUCCUGGAAAUGUUGGAGAAGGAGCCAUUUGCUUGCGGGGAUCUGGAGGCCCAGGUGAAGACCGCCCUGCUAGACCUCACGGCCAAAGGAUUCAUACGUUUCAUCAGCAAUGGUUAUCGCACCUUGGGACCCAUUGCCAAACUGGCCAAUGCCCGAUCCGUGCGCCACUUCAACAUGACCUGGCAACGCAUCGCCGAACUGCAAAAGGUCAACUGCCCGAGCCUGGAGGGGUCCCUAUCUAGUGGGCACUGCACCCAGCGCUGACCCAACAUCGAAAAUUGGUGUAGUCUUUUGUUAUUUGAGUUGAGUUAACUAUUUCGUUUAAUGGGUUUUGUUUGCCUUGGCCAGCACACGUCCACUCAUCCAUAAGAACACUGGGACACACUCCAUCUAAAUUGUAAAUGUCUAGUAAAAUUCCAGCAAAUCCAA